GAAUUGUCUCCAAAAGUUCCCAACUUCCUCAAUACUACACACAAACAACAACUGCACAUUAGAAAAGUUGUUUUUAUCUAUCUUUGAGUUUCAGUUGAAGCAUUCAAUACAAAAUCCUUUCAAGAACUUUGUUGUUUACUUUUUGAUCCAUCUCAGCUUAAAACCCGACGUUGGAAAAUCCUUCACAUCAGUCACCUCACUCCUCAUACAUUCUGACUCGAACUUCAAGACUCAUGUUUAUUUAACUACGCCAAAUCAAUAAGUCGCAUCAAUUUCACCAAUCGAAAACGCUGCCGAGAUGUGUGUAGAUACACUCAUCACCUAUACUGCUUGCAAUUGCAAAAUCAUGAUCAAGACUAUUUGUUUUGAUCAUAUCCAACACACUCUUAAGCAAAACGAUAGAAUUCCAUGUCCUAAGAAAGUUCAUGGUGUCUAUGCAAUGAGAACAAGCCCCAGCCAAUGCUUCCUCAAAUCGGGUUGCAAACUCGAGGACGGCCGUAUUUUUCGACACGGAUCACAUCGCACUCGUAACUAUUACGAAUUUGAACGCGAUCCCAAUGAUCCUAAGAAACGUUGGGAACGUUGGGAACGUAAAAAUCGUGACAAGCCUCGUCAGAGAGCUGAUAGUAUGGAGGCGAAUAUCAGUGCUGGCGAAGAUAGUCAUAAGGAGAGAGGAUCUCAGAUCAGAGAGUGGCAGGAGGAGACUAAGAAUAAGAGACAGCCCAGAGUAAAGGUUGAGGAUAAGUUGCCUAAGAAGGAACAGCCGGCUCCUGGCCGAAAGACAGUCAACAAUGUUCUUUAUGACAUGUUCGAUCCUCGCAGCGACGACGAAAUAUCUGAUGAUGAUGAUUGGAAGCCGAAGCCCAAGGCUGAGAUCGACCCUGCUGAUACAGUCCCAUGGUCCUCCAGCAAUGCCCGUUCUUUUUCUGAACCUACAGUUGCAAGUGGCACCAACACCGACGAAAAUGCAAGUACCUCGCAACAGUCCCGCGACGACGGAGGUUCGUUCAAUGACCACAGCGUCAAUGCUCUCAAAGGCGCCGAGAAUGAUCGUCCCACUACGCCCCACUCACGAUUUAACUUCAACCCACCAUUUGCCGGCACCCACACCAAAUACAUGACGGACAAAUCCCACUCCAACUACGGACCCAGCUCUACACGAACCAACACCGCCAUGGAUCUCGGCUCUCCCAAACACAAAGCCACAAUCGCAGCACAAAGCCAACCACUGAGACCUAAUCUCUACCGUCCCCGCUAUCCUUCCAUGCCCGUCGAUGCCAAUUCCAGUUUCUGGGCUGGCCAUCUCAAUGAAACGAGCACGAGUCGUCCACCACCAUAUUUUCCAAGUCCUUCGACUCUCGCACCAUACAAUGCUGCAGCUGACGGGUUCUAUCACGAAUCAUCUGGCUUCGCGGGAGUUGGUGACGGCAGCGCUGCGGACGGAAAUAUGGGAAAUGAUUUCGCGCAUGGAGAGACUCGGGGUGUGUAUGGUAAUUAUACAGAUGGGGAGAGUCAAGGGAGAGAGAACAAAAAGGCUCGAGUUGGGAGAAAUAGUACUGGAAAGGGUCGUUUCGAUGAUCAUUUAUUGGAUUCUACCGAAAAUAAUAGGGGUGGUGGAAUGUCGAGAGACGAGAGCGAGAAAAAAGUGGUCGAUAGUAUAAAUGUUGCUGGUGAUGAUGUUGAGAUGAGUGAGUGAGUUGGCGGUCUAUUCCCGAGGUGAUUUAUUCCGUUUUAUCUUCCGAGGGAAUGGCAUUACGAGGUCAUCAUGCAGUCUUCAUUCGACUCUUCGACUCUCCGAGUUCCAAGUACCGAAAUUGAUGAACACACCGAUCGAUGCCUUGCUACAAAAACUUCCCUAUCAUCAGAACCGAGGAAGCAAGGGAAGGAAUACAUCAUAAGAUGAACGCGAAAGAUCUCGAUACUAAUUAACGCUACCACUAUUACUGUUCAUCGCACUAGGUCUAUUUUCACCAGCAAACUGUGCUGAUUAGCAACGAUACGAUAUGGUAUGAUAUGGAUUGAUACAAAUAGCCACAGGGAUAGCACAUAAUUCUCCAACCGAGUUAGAACA